CAGUCGUACUAACCGCCGGAAAAAAAGAAAGAAGAGAAAGCAGCCACGAGCCACGGACGAUCGUCACCAUGACCAUUAGCAGCUGGCGCUGAACGUGGACCCUAGACCAAAAAGGCCAACCUCGAAAGUUUAUUAACAACAAUCGAAACUACACACGCUCACAAGGUCGUAUCCGAUUCUACCGAGUUUCAUCAACUGGUUACGUAGACACUACACCGCACUUUCUACACGCAAGAAGCCAGAGUCACAACAUCGUACGAGCAAACCACUAACCACCACGACCGUCCGCAAUGGCAGACGCCCGCGCCCUCCUCCGCGCCCACCGCGCCGAGCACCGCAUCAAGCACCCGCACGCCGCGUACUCCGACGCCGGCAAGCUGCUCUGCAAGCUGUGCCACGAGCCCGUCAAGGCCGAGUCGCUCUGGGAGAACCACAUCCGGGGCCCGAACCACCGGAAGCGGGCACAACUGCAGAACUCUCCACAAUCACAACCUCAAUCACAGACCACAUCCACGACAGAUCGAAGUAGCAACAAUGGAACUGGAACUGGAACUGAAAUUGGAGCUGGGGUCGGGAGUGGCAAGCGCAAGCUCGACGAAGUAGACGAAGGCCAAUCCUCGGCAUCGGACUCCGCGUCCGAGGACGCGAUCCGCAGGAAACGCAGCAGGGCCAGCGUCGGCGAGAAGCGGCAGACUCCCCCGGUUCUCGGGCGCCGAGCCUCGAACGCGCCCGUGCAAGGCGUCGAGAUCGCGAUACCGUCGCGUCCCGCCACGCCCGCCGCGGGCUCGAACUCGGCGACGUCGACGCCCAAGGGCGCGCCCGUCGGCCGCUCACCGCUCAUCGGCGGGUCCGCCGAGGCCCAGACCGGCGGCACGCCCAUGUCCAUAUCGACGCCGACGUCGACGCCGUCGACAUCCGCCCAGAACAACAACAACAACGGCAACGGCAACGGCAACUUACCUAUAUCGACGCAAUCGCUUGCUUCUCAAUCUGCUACGGCUACGGCUAAUCCUACUACUAAUAAUAACCACAACAAUGAUUCUACAUCUCAGGCAACCUCCAACGCCGUCGACGAAGCCGAAUGGGCGGCCUUCGAGGCGGAAAUCGCCACGGCAUCCGAGGCACCUGGUACCAACGGCAACGACCCUUACAACUCCGCUACCAUCUCAGCCCCGGCGCUCAGCGCCGCCCAGCUGGCCGCCAAGUCCGAGGAAGAAGAGAACGAGCGGCGGAAGCACCAGCUCGACGCGCAGAUGGCCGACGAGCGCGAGGACGCGACGCUGGCGCUCGAGGCCGAGUUCGCCGAGAUGGAGGAGCUGGAGUCGCGGGUGCGGCGCCUGAAGCAGCGGCGCGAGGAGCUGCGGAAAGGUAGCGUGGCGAAUUUACGUGCUACUGCCACGACGACGACGACGGGAGGAGGAGGAGGAGGUGGAGGAGACGAUUCUGAUAUCAGUAUGACUAAGAGUCCGGCUGGUGGGAAGGAGAAUGAGAGUACUGGGGUUAUUGAAGAGGAAGAUGAUGAAGAUGAAGAGGACGAGGACGAGGAUGAGGAUGAUUGGGAUGUUUUUCGGUUUCGGUGAGAUGAGUUGAGGGAAGGUGAAGUGGGAUGGGAGGGGAUGUGACUGAUCGAUAGAGUGGGGGGAGAUCCUGAAACCGGUAUAUCUAACUAUCAAAGAUGGUGUGAUAGCAUACAUACCUACACAGCAUUGGAGAGGAUUUCGCCGUGAUAAGCACGAACAAAAGGGGAUUACCUUGCAUAGGACCACGACGGCGUUCUUCUGAUUCCGAAUCUUAUUAAUAACCCAUAUAGGUGGAAGGGGAAGGCAAAGUUAGCCGAAAGGGGGGUCGCAUUCGAGUACAUAUCCAUCUACGCACAUGAACCUGACAUAAUCGUUUCUUGUAUUGAUAGAUAUACAUAAUGUACUGUUAAGGGAGAGUAUAAUUCCCAGAGACAGAAAUUCAAAACUGAGAGGAUAUCCCCGAACGCCUAGUCGUCAGGUUAAAUCAUUUGAAAUCAACCGC